UGUUGUUACAGUCAUUCAUUGCUAUACCUUCGAUGUCCGCCUUGUCUUAAGCCUUGCAAUCAGUCAAUCGGACUGUGCGACUGUCUCUAGCCAGAACCUUGUCAGCCUGAUUAGGAGACAGUCUCUAGACGUGUUCUUGUCGGAGAGCAAGCAUGCAUGAGGAGCCAAGUCAAGAAUGCAUCAUUGAGUAUAGUAAUUAUCGUCCCUGCUACUGAGAGUGGUGCGCAAUGCACGGCAAUGUCUAUUGCAACUGCGGUAAGAUUCACUGGUUGACCGUCUUCCCUUGUGACUUGGUGGACAGCAGGAAGGUCAGAUUGAGUCUGCGACUCUGCGUCGAUGAAUUUCGUGCGACAAAUUGUUCAGAUGCACAAAAAAAGGCAGACCUCGAGCUCCUUCUUGCUCCUCUGCAACCGGCUACAGCUAUGCCUGUCAAGAAAGUUCGUCUCACUGAAUCACCUUCUCAAGCUCCAUUCAAGCGUAUACAGACCAGUCAAGCUGCGAAAGCAACUCCAAAAGCAGAGGCUCACGGGUCAGUCGCCAUCGCUGUACCUAGCAGCGUCGUCACUACUGUGAAAGACCAUCGAGCCAAGACCUUACUAGUGGGUCAAGUAGCUCGGCUUGCCUCUCUAUAUGGCAUCGAUGAAAUUAUCCUCUAUGACGAGGAUGCUGGCAAACAUACAGAGCCCACCAUUACAAAGUCCAGCGACUCAUAUGUGGAGCGCAAUGACGGACUGUCAGACCCACUUUCAUUCAUGAUGAAGCUCUUGUCAUAUCUGAAUGAACCGCCAUGCUUUCGUGACAGACAAUUUGCGCCAUGCAGAACGCUCAGACAUGUGGGUGUGCUCAAGCCAUUCCGUGCGCCUCAUCAUGGCUCAGAUCGUCAACUUGGCAAAAGAUUCAAGCAAGUCUUCAUCGACAAGGACUCUAUGGGUACUUUAAGCAAUCCAGCAAGAGUCACGGCUUGCUCGAGUGACGACCCGAGUGGCAAGCAUAUCGAAGUCCUUGGAACCGAUUUUCCAGACAAGUCCAUCACUGUUGAGCUAGAUGGAGAACACUGGCGCCAAGUCAGCCCUAGAACACCCAAUAUGGCACUUGGCUGCUAUUGGGGCUAUCAAGUAAGACAGGCAUCCAGUCUUUCGGAUGUGAUUAUCGGAUGCGACCUAGAUGGUGGAUACAAUGCAACAAUUGGCGUUGACACAUCAGCAAGCGGCACAGCAGCGACCUGUGCUGCCUCUCUACCAAAAGCAAAGCACCUCCUCUUUGUCUUUGGCGGUGAGCGAGGCAUCCCGUUUGCAUUGAAGCAGGAUCCAAAGCUCGAGCACGUCAAGCCUGAAGACCUCUUUGAUUACUGGAUCUCACCAUUCCAGCAGCAAUCACUGGAGAAGCCAACGAUCGAUGAGACAAUCAACAUGACUCUUGCUCAGCUUCAGGCAGGUUUACCGAAGAGGACAAUUGAAUUUUCGUGACUGCGUCGAAAAAGCCCCGCAAACCAUGAAUAAAUCUCUUGAUCGAUGGUUGAAGGUUGACAUUCACGACACUCCAACAAUGUCUGAAGUCUUUUACGCCCGUUCCUUCUCAACAGUCACAUGUGGUCUACUACUUGGCUCGACAUGCUGGGCAGGGUUCGCAGUCAUGCCUAGUCUCAUUGCAGCAAAGACAUCAACGAAUGCCAAGAUCGCUUGUUUUAAUGGUCUGAUUGAGUCUGCUGCAAAGCUGUUGAGUCCAAUUGCCAUUGCAACGGUGGUGAGCUUGGGCGUGAAUGGUUACCUUGCACGGACGAUUUAAGGUCAGCGUGGCUUUGGUGUUGCCGCUGCUGCGACUGCUGCCAUGAUUAUCUUGCAAGCGCCCAUUGUUCCUC